UUCAAACUAAAACCGUAAAAUAUUUGUCAUCUAGAAAUACUUUUUAUGAAAAAUCCAAAAUUCCUACCAUGAAAACGUAUAAAAUACUAAUGUUUUUAAUAAUUCCCAUUUCGAUAUCCUCAGCAAAUGAGGAUGAUGAUGAUAUUUUUACGGAUUAUUGUAGACCUGGUCUGUGUGAAUAUAAUGGUGGCGAUGGAAUGCAUUCUGGCUGUCGUGAUGGUGUUCUUCAUAAUGGUAAAUUUCAAUAUCCACCAUGUCCGGAUAAUGCUGCCAUUAUGCCAUUGUCGGAAAAAGAUAAACAAGAUAUUUUAGAAUUUCACAAUAACCAAAGAAAUUUUGUUGCCUGUGGUGGACUUUACAAGAAAUAUGGCAUAAAGCCCGGUUGUCGUCAUGGUGUUAUUCGAUGGGAUAAAGAACUUGAGAAAACCGCUUUUCUACAUUCUUCAUAUUGUACAUUUGCUCACGAUAAGUGUCGCAAUACAAUCAAAUAUCCGUUUGCGGGACAAAAUCUUGGUAUAUUGUAUUUUGUAGGUAAACCUAUGAAUGCUACUGCUUAUGGUAAUGUUUUAUCAUGUUUGUGGUAUGCCGAACAUCGGGUAACUAAGAUGGCCAUGAUAGAUAGUUUUUAUCAUCAGACAGAAGUAAUGGUGGGUCAUUUUUUGACUUCAUUGAAUGAGCGUAAUGAUCGUAUUGGUUGUACUUGUAUUAAAUUUUAUUAUGCUGCUAAGAAAAAAGAAGCAGUUAUGCUGUCCUGUAAUUAUCCCACGACAAAUAUUGCCAAAAGUACAGUAUAUAAUAGUUGUAAAGUGCCUGCUUCGAAAUGUACUACGGGUACAGAUCCAAAAUAUAAAUUUUUGUGCUCUUCCAAAGAAGUGUAUGAUGUAUCGGGUAAACUUAAGUACAUACCAUAUGAUGGUGAUGGUACCGAGGUAUUCAAUAAUUGUGGUCGACAACCUGAGCUUUUGCAUUUAGAACGUGAAGGAAAGGAAGCUGUUAAAAAGCAUGAUAAAGAUUUCGUACCAGACCCUGAGACAUCGGGUGUCGAUACUACUUCUAAGCCAGUAGUAACUACUGCCAAACCAGGAAAACCAACAAGUAAACCACCUAGCAAACCACCAAGUGAACAACCUAGUAAACCACCUGAAAUUGAUGGUGGAAAUCCUGAAGCCGGCGGCAUUCCCGACUAUUCUGAACAUGAAUAUGAUCCCCCGAGUAGUGGUUCGUCGGUAAUUUGUCAAAAAGGCAAACUUUUAAUGUGGUUUAUUAUUAUUUUAUUUAAUUUUCUUUAAUGUUAUGUUAUCCAUUACUGAAGUCUAGGAUAUUACAAUUUGAUUUUACAUUUGCAACAUGAAUUAAAUCAGUCUUAUAAUAUGACUCUUUUUCUAUUUAUUAUUCGUCUUUUGACUAGUCUGCCGAAUAAUCAAGCGAUUCGAACACAAAAAUGUACAUAUAUU